AGCGCCGGCUGAGCCUCAGGUCCUGGGAGAGCCGCGGAAGGUGCGGGGGACUGGGGACUGGGGAAUGGAGAUUCCUGACCGGACAGAAACCACUUGGAGUCGCGGCUCUGCUCCGACGCUUCUCCUCCUCUUCCUGACGGCCCCAGGUAGGGUUCGGACCAGGGGCACGAAGCAGUUUGUUGUAAGGAUGGAAGUCACCCACAGGCGGAGGAGCUGCUGCUGAAGACACUCUUCACCGGCUACAACAAGUUAUCCCGACCCGUGGCCAACUCUUCUGACACUGUCUUCGUCCACUUGGGACUGUCCAUUGCCAACUGGUGGAUGUGGUAUGUGGAUGAAGUGAGAGGAUGAAAAGAAUCAAAUGAUGACGACCAACGUCUGGGUGAAGCAGGAAUGGAAUGAUUUCAAGCUCCGCUGGGACCCCUUGGAAUAUGAGAACGUGACUUCAAUCAGAGUUCCAUCGGAGCUUCUCUGGAGACCUGACAUCAUCCUUUACAACAAUGCCGACGGGGACUUUGCGGUCACUCGCCUGACCAAAGCCCAGCUCUUCCACACCGGCAGGAUUCGGUGGGUCCCUCCGGCCAUCUACAAGAGCUCCUGCCACAUCGACGUCACCUUCUUCCCGUUCGACCAGCAGAACUGCACCAUGAAGUUUGGAUCGUGGACGUUUGACAAAGCCAAGAUUGAUCUGAUAAGCAUGCACAGGCACGUGGACCAGCAGGACUACUGGGAAAGUGGAGAGUGGGCCAUCGUCAGUGCCGUCGGGAACUACAACAUCAAGAAGUAUGAGUGCUGUGCUGAAGUGUACUCCGAUAUUACCUACUCUUUCAUCAUCAGACGGCUCCCUCUCUUCUACACCAUCAACCUCAUCGUGCCCUGUCUGCUGAUAUCGUUUCUGACUGUGCUGGUCUUCUACCUGCCGUCAGACUGCGGGGAGAAGAUCACCCUCUGCAUCUCCGUCCUGCUCUCACUCACCGUCUUCCUGCUGCUCAUCACGGAGAUCAUCCCCUCCACCUCGCUCGUCAUCCCCCUCAUCGGGGAGUACCUCCUCUUCACCAUGAUCUUCGUCACGCUCUCUAUUAUCAUCACGGUGUUCGUACUGAACGUGCACCACCGCUCGCCCCGCACACACACCAUGCCCGGCUGGGUGCGGAGGUCCUUCCUCCGUCUCAUCCCUCGCCUCCUGUUCAUGGAGAGGCCGCCGCUGGCGAGCCGGAGUUGCAGGGAACUGCUCAGACUCUCCCACGCGGCCGAGGGUCACUCGGCUGAAGCCGGCCGGAGGCACCUCGACUGGGAAUCUGACCGGCCGUCCUUGGCCUCGGCGCAGGCCGCUCAGCUGCAGUGUGGGGUACUUUGCAAGGUGCCAGCUGUUCAGUGCGCUGUGCUGAUGGGCGACCUGGCAAAGGUUGGCCGCGCGCCCCGCCAGGUAAGUGAGCAGCCCGAUGGGACGCCAGUGGGUUUUCAUCACCCCUCUGGGCCGGAGAGUAACCCAUUGACCAGCACUGGACGCCAGUACAGCGACCUGCUUGAGGAUUGUCCCCAAGCUAAUGGCCUGUCCAGGUCCAUAGCUAACCCUCCAAGCUAUGAAGGGGAAGACCACGCCCAGACCACCUCACCCCCAUCGAGAUGCAAGCCUGCCUACAAAGAGCGGGGCAGAGGCUCGGGCGGGAGACGACGUGCAGGUGGAGGGAGUCCCAGGAGUGUGAUGCUGGAGCCUGCGAUAGAGAGAGCGGUGGAAGGUGUCCACUACAUCGCUGACCACCUCCGUGCAGAGGACGCCGAUUCCUCGAUAAAGGAAGAUUGGAAGUAUGUUGCCAUGGUGAUUGACAGGAUCUUCCUUUGGAUAUUUAUCAUCAUUUGCUUGCUGGGAAUACUGGGCCUCUUCCUGCCCCCCUGGAAGGCGGGAAUGCUGUGAGCUGUAUUGGGCUCUGCCAGGAUUCUGUUGUCGUGGUGUUCCCUGUCAGCUGGGAGACCCCUUCACCUGUCCAGCGAAGAUAAGAUCAGAUCAGCUUUAUUUGUCACGUGUACAUCGAAACUUACAGUGAAGUGCAUCAUUUGCGUAAAGAACCACACAGUGCGUGCAAGUGCAGCCACUGCUUGAUAACAUUAACCUGUACGCCUUUGGGAAGUGGGAGGGAACUGGAGCUGACGGGGGACUUCCACAUGGUCACGGGGAGAAGGCACAAACUCCUCACAGUUAGCGGCCGGAAUCGAGCUCGGGUCUCUGGCGCUGUAAUGCAUUACGCUAACUGCUAUGCCAGCAUUCUGCAUCAUGGAUCAGAGGCGUCAGAUGGAAGUUGGCAGCAUGCCUGGAACAUGAGUGGGGUCGAAGGCUGAGAAGGGACUGCAAAGUUACAGCCACUGGCACAAAAUGGAAAGGUUUCCCAUGCACACUGUUCACUGUGCUCCUCCCCUCCCCUCUCACCCCGCCCUCCCUAUCCAAGAGUCCAUCCACCCGGAGAUUAGGGCUUAGGGACCACGAUGUGGACAAGUUGGAGGUCAGGCCUCCAUUCUGUGGUCCAUGGUGAAAUCCAGCAACAUGGCCAGUGAUGAAGGGCAUUGGGUCAAAGUAAAUUUAUUAUCGAAGUACAUAUAUGUCACCAGAUACUACCCCGAGAUUCACUUUCUCGCGGGCAUUCAUAGGAAACACGAUAGAAUCAACGAAAUUCCACACUCAACAGAACAAACAACCAAAGUGUCAAAAAGACAGCAAACUGAAAACACAAAAAAGAAAGACAGAUAAAUAAACAAUAAAUAUCAAGAACAUGAGAUGAAGAGUCCUUAUAAAUGAGUCCAUGGGUUGUGGGAACAGCUCAGUGACGGGGCAAGUGAAGUUAUCCCUUCUGGUUCAAAAGGCUGAUGGCUGGGGGUAAUAACUGCUCCUGAACCUGGUGGUGUGGGUCAUGAGGCUCCUGUACCUCCUUCAUCAUGGCAGCAGUGAGAAGAGAGCAAGGCCUGGAUUGUGGAUGUCAGGAUAUCCUAGCUGGGUGUGUCCCGGGCUACAUGAGGAUCAUCCAGUUAGCCUGCCUGGAGUACCGGGUCCCAUCACUGCUAUAGUGUCUUCAGGUUCCUGUACCACCCCCUUGAUGGUCACAAUGAGAAGAGGGCAAGUCCUAGUUGAUGAGGGUCAUUAAUGAUGGUGCUGCCUUUUUGAGGCAUCAGCUUUAGAUGGUGUCGUCAAUGCCAGAAGGCUAGUGCAAAUGAUGGAGCUGGCUGAGUUUACAACUUACUGCAGUUUAUUUUUCCGAUCCUGUGCAGUGACCUAUCCAUAUCAGACAGUGAUACAACCGGUUAGGAUGCCUGCCACAGUACAUCUGUAGAAAUUUGUGAGUCUUUGGUGACAUGCCAAGUCUCCUCAAACUCCAGAUGAAGUAUAAUAAUUGCAUUGAUAUGUUGGGCCCAGGAUAGAUAUUCAGAGACGUUGAUACCCAGGAACUUAAACUGCUCGCCCUUUCCACUGCUGAUCUCUCACUGAGGACUGAUGUGUUCCCUCGAUUUCCCCUUCCUGAAGUCCACAAUCAAUUCCUUGGUCUAACUGAUGUUGAGUGCCAGAUUGUUGUGGCACCACUCGUCUAGCUGAUAUAUCUUGCUCAUGUAUGCCCUCUCACCACGUUCUGAAAUUCUGCCAAUGAAAGCUGA